GCGCACGCGUCCAGGCUGACAGGAUCCAUCCAACGAAGCAAUCCAAAACCGGAGAAGCGAAACAGCGCGACGCAACCGACCCUACUGCUAGAUACGCGAAGCAUCGACGCGUUCCUUCCCGAAUUCCCGAUCUCAGUCACCACUGAUUCGCGGGUCGGAGUCUUCGUCGUCGCUCGGCGAUCAAUCGAGCGGCGCGGCAGAGGGAGGAGGAAUCGAAGCGGCGAGAGGGGAGGGGAGGAGAGGAGGGAGAGAAGAUGGCGGAGAACCCGCAGCUGUUCGGGAACGGGAUGCCGGUGCCGUUCUACGGCGAGAUGUUCGUCCUCGCCCGCGACGGCGUCGAGUUUCACGUCGACAAGAUCCCAUCAGCUCCUGGCGGUCAAGUGAAAACAAAAGGCACAAUUUACCUGUCUAAUAUAAGGAUGGUGUUUGUUCCCAACAAGCCUGUUGGUAACUUCUUUGCUUUUGAUAUGCCCCUGUUGUUUGUGCACGGUGAGAAGUUCAAUCAGCCCAUAUUUCACUGCAACAACAUAUCUGGAUUCGUGGAACCAGUUGUUCCGGAGAACCAGAACAGGGCCCUGUACUCAACUCACACCUUCAAGAUCUUAUUCAAGGAAGGCGGCUGUGGUACUUUUGUUCCUCUCUUCCUGAACCUGAUUGCAUCUGUGCGGCGCUACAACCAGUUUGAAGCCCAGUCUGCUGCCAACAUGGCACCACGUGUGGACCCACUGCAAGCUGCGCAGACUCCUGUUGAUGAAAUGAUGCGUCGUGCGUAUGUUGACCCGAAUGAUCCUACCAAGAUUUUCCUUCAGCAACCUGCCCCAGAGUCCCAGCUGAGGAGGAGAAACUACCACGGCCCAGCUGACAACGCCUAGUAGCAUUUGGCUGGAUUUGCCUAAACCCUGAUGCUCAAUUCCAUUAACUAUUGUGUGCAUUUGAGCAUUUCACCUAUCCAGGUCCAGCGUUCCAACUGACUUUCCGUUCGGGUGUGCCGUUUCUUGUGACUUUAUAUCGUACAUAAUGUUGUGAGUCGUCUCAAUAAGUGGUGUACAUAAAGCAGUGGCCUGUUUGAAAUAUUAUUACUGGAGGAUAUUGGACGAACGCUACCUCGCAUAUUGCAGAAGCAACAAAUAUUGCCGGUGUCUAAUGUUUCUGUGCAAA